UAUUAAGGAAAAAGUACUAAUCAGUGGAUUUGCAGUGCAAAAUCUUAAAAAACAAUGGAGUUUAAAAACUCCCUAACAUUGACAGCCCAAGUUUUUCUUCUAAUUUUUUUGUCAAGCAGUAAAUGGGCGCUGGGACACAUUCGACGAGAAGAAUGGGCAGAAAUCGGAAAAAACUGGUCGUUACUAUGUAGAUCUGAAAAUGAGGCUGCAUCAUGGAUAUUUAACAACAACACAAUUGAGAAAGCAAAUAGAAGAUACAGCAUUAAAGCAGAAAUGAUUAAAACCGAUGAAAACCUCACCAAUAAGUUUAGCAACAAGCUAACGAUACACAAUUUAACUGAAUCAGAUACCGGAAGCUAUUUCUGUGACACUGCGUGGAACAAUCACUCGAUUGAAUUUAAAUUACAAACAUUCCUCCACCCAACAAUUGUUGAAAGUACUCCAGAAAAAAUUAAAUGUCUGAUUGAGGAAGCUGUUGAGUUAUAUUGCUUGAUACGCAUUUACCCACAAAAUACCUCAAUACACGAACAAUUGAAAUGGCUUAAGGAUGGUAGCUCUUUUGCCUCUCCCGAUAAUACGUCCGCCAUUUCAUCAGUCAAUGUUACUCAUCUAAACUUUACACAAUCAUUUGUAGGAGUAAAUAAAAAGGAUAAUGGCACAUAUAAAUGUGUCCUGUAUAACGAGGCUGACGUUGAGAUUACUUCAAAGGAAAUAACACUUCUUAUAUUGGAUGUUCCUCAAGUCAGUAUUGAUUACGCAAAAGCAGUUGGAGCUAAUCGAAUAUAUCUGAACUGGACCGUAAACAAUGGAAACGAUCCUAUUCAGAAUUAUUUUGUGCAGUAUUCACAAGAAGGUUCGCCAUCAUUUAUAUAUCACCCAGAUUUCAUAAGUGGCAACAAUACAUCAUACGUGCUUGGUAGUUUUCAACCGAAUACUACAUAUAUUUUACGUAUUUCGGCAAAAAAUUCCCGUGGACGCGGGACACACCAUACACACCCCAAUGGGAUAACCACCCUAACGGCAGAUCCAGUGUUUAUACCAAAGGUUGAGACAACAGGGAGUACGGCAUCAACUAUAACAAUUGGUUGGAGCCCUCCACCCCAAGAGUUGCUCGAAUAUAUACAGUAUUAUGAGUUAAUGGUUUCUGAGUCUGGGGAGGUUCCAAAACUAAUUGAAGAAACUGUCUACCAACAAAACUCAAGAAACUUACCAUAUAUGUUUGAUAACCUAAAAACUGCAACCGACUACGAGUUUAAAGUGCGUGCCUGUAGCGAUCUAACAAAAAUUUGUGGACCAUGGUCUGAAGUUGUGAAUGGUACAACAAUGGACGGUGCUGCCUCAAAGCCUACUGAUUUAACUGUGCAUUGCCAUCGUCAAAAUAUUUCCAGACUUAACUCUAUUUCGAUUAGCUGGAACGUGCCGAACAAGCCGAACGGCAAGAUAGUUUCAUACCUUAUUACUAUAGAAGGAAGCUACCAAUACAGCCUCCCCAGUGGUGUUCAUACGGAAAAAUUGCCACCAAAAAUCCGAAGAAUCGAUGAGCCAAACCAUAAGACAGUCUACGAUGGAGCGGAUCCUAAUACAAACUAUACCGUGGCAGUAUCGGCCAUUACGCGUCAUAAGAAAACUGGCGAAUUAGCGCAUGGCAAUUGCUCCAUGCCUGUGUCUGUUCCAACUGUCGACAGAACAAUGUGGACCAAAGUUAAGCUUAACCAGAAUGAAUAUGUUAUCAAGCUGUAUUUGCCCAAAAUUAGUGAAAGAAAUGGUCCCAUCUGUUGCUAUCGAAUUUAUCUAAUUAAAUUAAAAAAUGGAAACAAAGAACUUCCCACUCCCGACAAAUUGGACAUUGCUACUUAUCACCAAGUUCACAACGACACCAAAAUGCUAGGCGAUACAUAUAUAGCAGAAAUGAUCAGCAAAAAAUACUUCAAAUCAGAAAUAUUUUUAGGCGAUGGAGUACGCUUUAUUGAGAACUCUGAAACUUUAAUGGAUAAUGACAACAUAUGCCGCCGUUGCCUGGAGGGUACUCCGUUUCUACGAAAGCAGGAAAAAGUCCAUAAGUCUGCAAACGAUAUCAAUCCAAUAUUAUCCCAAAAGGAACAAUUAACUAAAGCUGGCAACUUAACGGAACACGCCUUCAAAAUACUAGAAAAUAAGAAACGGAAGCGAAGAAAUCCAAAAGCUGCAAUUAGUAAAGAGGGCGAUACAAAUUUAAAUUUGUACAAUCAAUCUUUUGCACAGGAGUCCGCGUUUCUUCCAGAUAUAUGGGAUGGCAAAUUAGAUAUUAAUUCAAAUUAUACAGGCUUUUUGGAAGUAAUUGUUCCGGACGGAAAUUCUGUGCUAAUGGCCUACAGCGACUAUUUCGCCAUAAUUACUCCGGCAACUGAAGCUGAACAGCUUCAAAACUUGGACGACUCGGACUUCUACUAUAUGGGCGUGAAGGCCCUAGCGGUUGUAAUUGCAGUAACCAUCAUGUUUAUUAUAAUAUGGUUUCUCUAUGACCAUAAAAAGAGCAAAAAUGCAAUUCGUGGGGAAGACGCAAUUACACUGAGAGAUUCACUCAGAGCUCUAUUCGGAGGUCGUAGCAAUAAUCAUAGCCACUUUAUAAGCUCUGGAAACAACAAAGGUUUUGAAUCGGGUCCGAUUCACAAAUCCGACUUAAUAAAUGCGUAUAAAAGCCGGCAUAAAGAUACAGACUAUGGAUUUCUUCGAGAAUACGAAAUGUUACCUAAUCGCUUUAGUGACCGAACAACAAAAAAUACAGAUUUGAAAGAAAAUGCUCCCAAAAAUAGGUAUCCCGAUAUAAAAGCCUACGAUCAAACGAGAGUGAAGCUGUCACCUAUCAAUGGUCUUCCGUGCUCAGAUUAUAUUAAUGCAAACUUUGUCAUUGGAUAUAAGGAAAGAAAGAAAUUUAUUUGUGCACAAGGUCCAAUGGAAGGUACAAUUGACGACUUCUGGAGAAUGAUAUGGGAGCAGCAUUUGGAGAUAAUUGUGAUGCUGACAAAUUUGGAAGAGUACAACAAAGCAAAAUGUGCGAAAUAUUGGCCAGAAAAGGUACAAGAUACUAAAAAGUUCGGAGAUAUAUCUGUGAAAUUUACACAAGAGCGAAAGACUGGUGACUACUUAAUCAGAUCUCUAGAUGUAUCCAAAACUAAUUUAAUUGGCGAAGAAGAAGAUCAUAGAGAGAUAACACAAUAUCACUAUUUGACAUGGAAAGAUUUUAUGGCUCCGGAGCAUCCACAUGGGAUUAUCAAGUUUAUUCGGCAAAUAAAUUCAGUAUAUUCAGUUCAAAGAGGGCCUAUAUUAGUGCAUUGUAGUGCCGGAGUUGGUCGAACAGGUACACUAGUUGCAUUGGACUCUCUUACCCAACAGCUAGAAGAAGAGGACACAGUAUCAAUUUUUAAUACUGUUUGUGAUCUACGUCAUCAGCGCAACUUUCUGGUGCAGUCGUUGAAACAAUACAUUUUUCUCUACCGGGCACUACUGGAUACUGCCACAUACGGAAAUACUGAGAUAGCUAUCAACUCUAUGCCGCAAACAAUUGAAUCUUUAAAAACAAAACCUGCGGAUGGAAGCAAAUGCAAGUUAGAGAUUGAAUUCGAGAAGUUACUAUCUACAACGGAGGAGGUCAGUAAGUCAUGCUGUAUUGGCGAAAGUGAAGAAAAUAUGUCAAAAAAUAGAAGCCAAGAGAUUAUUCCUUAUGACCGUAAUAGAGUUAUUUUAAGCCCAGCACCCAUGAAAGAAAAUUCCACGUACAUUAACGCUUCAUUCAUCGAAGGAUACGAUAAUACUGAAACAUUUAUAAUUACACAAGAUCCUCUUGAAAAUACCAUUGUAGACUUUUGGAGAAUGAUUUCAGAACAAAGUGUCUCUACACUUAUUAUGAUAUCUGAAAUUGGGGAUGGUCCACGAAAGUGUCCUCGUUAUUGGGCGGAUGACGAAAUUCAAUAUGAUCAUAUACUUGUAAAAUAUGUACACAGUGAAAGUUGUCCUUAUUACACAAGACGAGAAUUUCACGUUACUAACUGUAAGAUAGACGAUACACUGAAAGUUACACAAUUCCAGUAUAAUGGUUGGCCAACCGUGGAUGGGGAAGUUCCUGAAGUGUGUCGAGGGAUAAUAGAACUUGUGGACCAGGCUUACAACCACUACAAUAGUCGAAAAAACAGUGGUUGUCGAUCACCUUUGACUGUUCAUUGCAGCUUGGGAACUGACCGAAGCUCAAUUUUCGUUGCCAUGUGUAUUUUGGUCCAGCAUCUUAGAUUAGAAAAAAAUAUAGAUAUAUGCUCGACAACAAGAAAGAUACGAUCUCAGCGACCGGGACUUAUUAAUUCAUACGCACAAUACGAGUUCCUACAUCGCGCAAUAAUAAAUUACUCAGAUCUACACAAUUUGUCGGAAAACUCAUCAGAUUAAGUAAAUUAUGUAGAUUUAAAAAUAUUAAAUAAUUUAAUACUUUUGUAUAUAUAUCAGAAUCUCUUAGUUUAAUGCAUCUGCGCCGAUAAUUUGUAUAAAUUUUGAUAAAUAAUUUACGUUUGCCAUUAUUAUAAAAUACAAUUUAGUAAGGCUACCAAAGGAAGAAUAUUAAUAUAUUUUAUAAGAUUCUGUGUACUAAUAAAUAACAACUGUAACUUUUACACUGAA